UUUUAUAUUACACUGUAUGUCAGGUAUUACGUACUCAUGUUUAAAUAUCAGCUAAAAAGGUACAACGGUCACUCAGUUUUGUUUUGUUUUCCAAAAUCUUUUUGGGUGGUCCUCAAGAAAAAAAAAAAAAAAAAAAAAGUCUAGCCCAAGAGCAGUCCCUGUCCCCAAUACCCGGACGUUGCCAUGCCCAGGAGCGGGAGGGGCCUGCUUUGAGGAGACCAGGAAGGAGGAAGGGAAAGUAGGGAAAGGGGCGGGGGCGAAAGUGACGGGAGCAGUGAGAGCCGGAAAUGACUGGCUAGCGAGGAACCCAGGGGCACCCUGUCCGGCGGCGCUCUAGCCCCGGCGCCCUGUCUCUAUGCUCCCCCUGCGUCUGGUCUAUUUAUUGUCGCGGGGACGAAGCGGCCGCCCAGUACCCGGAACAACAAAGCGAGAAAGACGGAGCCCGAGCCUCGGGGGCUCCUAGCAACGGGCCGGGGCGGGAGUUCCAUGGAGACUGGGGAGCGCGCCCGCCUCAUCAUCAUCCUUGUCCUCCAGCUUAUCCUUCGCGUCCGACGUAACCGGCAGCAGCGCUGCCGCCGCGUUCUCUGCCGCCGCCCCCUCUUCCCACGAAGUAGCUGAAACUGCUGCUCUGCUCCAGUGAUUCAGGUGGCUCAAGAGUGACUGCAUACGAUUGGAGCAGUAUUUGUUUAUGGAUGUGAUCUUCGUGGUGGGAAGCUAAGUUUUUAAACUACCCCAAUGGAUGCAGACAGUGAUGUUGCAUUGGACAUUCUAAUUACAAAUGUAGUCUGUGUUUUUAGAACAAGAUGUCAUUUGAACUUAAGGAAGAUUGCUUUGGAGGGAGCAAAUGUAAUUUAUAAGCGUGAUGUUGGAAAAGUAUUAAUGAAGCUGAGAAAACCUAGAAUUACAGCUACAAUUUGGUCCUCAGGAAAAAUUAUUUGCACUGGAGCAACAAGUGAAGAAGAAGCUAAAUUUGGUGCCAGACGUUUAGCCCGCAGUCUUCAGAAACUAGGUUUUCAGGUAAUAUUUACAGAUUUUAAGGUUGUGAACGUUUUGGCGGUGUGUAACAUGCCAUUUGAAAUCCGUUUGCCGGAAUUCACGAAGAACAACAGACCUCAUGCCAGUUAUGAACCUGAACUUCAUCCUGCUGUGUGCUAUCGGAUAAAAUCUCUAAGAGCUACAUUACAGAUUUUUUCAACAGGAAGUAUCACAGUAACAGGGCCCAACGUAAAGGCUGUUGCGACUGCUGUGGAACAGAUUUACCCAUUUGUGUUUGAAAGCAGGAAAGAAAUUUUAUAAUUCAUCAUGUAAUUGGUUAGAAUUCCUAACUGAGCACCUUUUAAAACCUGCUGCACAUUGGACUCAAAACAAAAGGAAAACUGGACCAACAGUAAUUGAGGAAAUAGACUCUUUUAUUCAUUCACGGCUACAGUGUAAGCUCCAAGCCCUUUGGAUUUUAUUUCAAACCUUGCUGUAAUAUAAAAAGGAAGUUUACAAGACAUGACAUUGCUGCUUUUACAAAAGGACAUUCUAUUUAUUUUCGCAGUAAUUCUCAUGUCCCUGUAAGCAGAGCUGUCACAGUGUGCACUACCUUAAAUUGUUGCGUUAUUGUCAUUAUUUCUUCCCAGUUUGAGCUAAUGUGUUUUAUUUGUGAAUAGUCUUUUACAUUUUUGUAUGCUGAAUAUGGGCACCAAAGAACCUGUAAAAGUUAUCUUUUUCAAUUGAAUGUGCACAAAUAAAAGUUUGGAAAAGA